AUGCACUCGCUCAUCAAGCAUCUCAAACCGGACAAGGCAGACGAGGAACCUCGCCAACCACAAUCAGAUGCACCCGUCAAAAGAAGUAGAGCGCCGGCCAAGCCUCCAUCGAACGACCCCAACAUCCCGAAGAAGCGCCUUCAUGUCAACCAAAUAUGUCUCUACGAACGCCGUCUACCCGGAAGAGCAUAUGUCUCUGCUCAUGUGAACCGCUUGCAACACGGCUUCUACAGGUCCGAUGUCCUCCAUGGAGCCGCUAUCAACCAUGUCUACUUUGUCUCUGUCCGUUUCGUCUUUCAUCCACAUGAUCCGGAAUCGCAUCGCUUCAGGAGUGCCGAGAUUCAAGUAAGCCUAUACGGCGAAGACCCCAGCUCUAGCUCCAACAAACGGGCCGGGCGCUCGCAACCGCGCAUCCUGAAGCACGCUCCAGAGCUCAUGUUUGGUGCCGUAUCCCCAGAGAACCUCCAGUGGAAUUUUAGCCUUUCGACUUCACUAGGCGUAUCUCCGGCAUCCCCCAUCGGUGCAUAUAUAAUACCGCAAGCGUCUGUGCAAAGCAGCUACAAGGUCUAUCAUAUGAUGAGUGUCCAAGGUUCAGUGCGGUCAAGGCAAGACGGGUCGGGGCAUACCAUUGAGGACUCCAAAGCCGUCUGGACGCUCAGCGAGAACGUGCUCCAGAAAUCAGGGUUGCCGCGCGAGUUUGAUUUUGUGAUGCUUGUGCAGAAGCCAAAGGAUGUUAGGAACAUAUACAUGACGGUCAAUGUAGAUGCCAGUGUAGCAACUUGGUAUGGUGCAUACCCCCAAUGGUACAACAAUCUCUCCGAGUACAUGCCAUCGCAAAACUUUGCUGUCAGCUUUGAACACGACGUUGGGCAACGGUUCCUUCCCAACCACCCUGGGUUUGGCUACAACUUUGCAGACCUGAUACACUCGCUGGAUCAGUAUGUAAUGAUGCCAGGGACCAUCUAUCCGACCGCUGGUACAAAUCAAGGAGAGUCCAACCCGAACCAAACUCCCCGGCAGCCACUUGAGGAGAACAAAGUCAACGAGCCCGACCAUGCACCCUCUCGCUCCAAGCAGCGUCCUAGGUCCCCGAAUGAAUAUCAAUCGCCAAUGCAAGACUCGAGCCAACGAGAAAGACGGAAUUGGACGCCUGAGCAUAUUGAUGUUCGACUUGUUGUCGACCACCGAUUUCCUCGAAGCCCUGAUCCACGACGCUUUUCGUAUUCGCCUCCGCACGUUGUGGAAACGAGGCGGCAUCCAUCGAUACGACGCAGAAAGUCACGGAUACGCCUAAAGGAGUAUGGCGAAGUAGAAUUUAAAAGGACUUAUACGCGAUGA